ACCGAGGCACAUUAAAUGCCUCCAAGUGAACCUUCACCACGCUAAAGCAGCAUCAGAUGUUUUGCAUAAGAGGUUCACAAACGAAGGCUUAGGUGUAGCCUUCAUCCAGGAACCCUGGAUAUUAAGAGGUGACGUCAAAGGCCUUAAUAUAAAGGACGUUCAUUACGGCAGAUCUCGUUGCGGUAUGGGCCAAAAUUCCGACUCCUAGGGGGGUGAAAGAGGCAGUACUUGCCUCCGCGUACUUCCCGGGUGAAGAGGAGAUAGCCCCGACACCUGAAGUAAAGGCGCUUACUGAUCACUACCUUGGAUCCUCUGCUGUGGCCCAUAGCACUGUCUGGGGGAGCACCGACACCAACAAAAGGGGUGAGUGCCUACUUGAGUUUAUAAGUAGUUAUAAUAUAAGUAUUAUAAACCAUGGCAAUGAACCAACGUUUAGGAACGCUAUUAGAGGGGAAGUCUUAGAUUUUACUCUAAGUAGUCAGAACAUGGCAGCAUCUGUCACAAACUGGCGCGUCUCAGGGGAGGUAUCAAUGUCGGACCAUAUGCACAUAGAAUUCGACAUUGGCCACUUUCCUGAGCAUGAACUAGUUUUUAGAAAUCCCAGAAAAACGAACUGGGAAUUCUUUCGCUUUAUCAUGGAAGAAGGUGGAAACAGCCAUGGUGGUCAAAUUACGACUGCGCACGAGCUUGAGACUGAAGCUGAACAGCUUCAUUCAGACAUUAGAAUAGCUUUUGAUAGUAGCUGCCCCCAAGGAAAGGUAAAAUCCAAACGUGAUGUGCCUUGGUGGAGCAAGAAGCUUGAGCAAAUGAGAUGCCAAGCCAGAAAACUAUUCAAUAGAGCAAAGAAUACGGGUGAUUGGAAUCCGUACAAACUUGCACUAACUUCUUACAACAAAGAAUUGCGGAAAUCCAAAAGAGCUAGCUGGCGAAACCACUGCGAGGAAAUAAAGAGCCUCCCAGAGGCAGUACGCCUCCAAAAAGCUCUAAAUAGGGAACACAAAAAUACGAUCGGCACUCUAAAGAAACCAGAUGGUAGUUAUACUCAGCAUCCGGGAGAGACUUGCAGACUUCUGCUAGACACUCACUUCCCGGGCUGCAAAGCGGGCUAUUAUCUACCGGAAUUGGGUGUCCCAGCACGCACUUCUGGUAGAGAGCAAAGCCUUGCCACUAAACUUACCACGGUAGAAAUAGUGCAAUGGGCGGUAUCUACAUUUAGCCCAUACAAAUCACCAGGACCAGGAACAAGGAAGUAA